UUUCCGGACAGGGAAGCGCAACCAGGGCGCAUGCGCGAAUAGAAAACCCAAAAGCACGAUGUCGAGCCUGGCGUCCUGUGACCCUUCGGGUCUCCAAGCGGCCCCGGCGGCCGAGGAGAAGCCGGCCCCGCCUUCUUCCCUGAAGCCGUGCUGCGCCUGCCCCGAGACCAAGCGGGCGCGCGAUACUUGCAUCAUUGAAAAGGGAGAGGAACACUGUGGUCCUCUUAUUGAAGCGCAUAAAGAAUGCAUGCGAGCCUUGGGUUUUAAGAUAUGAACCAGAAGAACAAGAGCUCUGAAUAUAUAUCAGGUGGUUUGCUGUGGAUUAUACUUUUGGUGACUUUACAUCUAUCGCUGCUAAAAUAGAUUUUUAAAAUAUUUUGUAUCAGAAUAUGAAUUUUUUUGAAAUAUUUAUGACGGAUUCUUGUAUCACAACAGUACAUUUCCUUAUUAUCCUCUUUCUGGAUCCAGACAUUGUGAAAAUAUGAGAUAUUCUCCUAAACAUUUUCCCAUGUUUUCAUUUCAGCAAAUCAGAUAUUGGUUCUGUGGAAUGUUGUUUCUUCAUAGAACCACAAAAUAUUUUCUGUUAUUUUCUGUAUGCAUUACAAUGAGAUAUUACAAAUGCAAUAAAUAAAAAUGAAGUAGUCUGAA